AUUGAGGCAGUGAAGGAGUCCCUGGAGACAAUGUGCAUGGCGUGCCAGCUGUACCAAUGGAAGGAGUAUUGAGGCAGUGAAGGAGUCCCUGGAGACAAUGUGCAUGGCGUGCCAGCUGUAGCAAUGGAAGGAGUAUUGAGGCAGUGAAGGAGUCCCUGGAGAGAAUGCAUGGCGUGCCAGCUGUAGCAAUGGAAGGAGUAUUGAGGCAGUGAAGGAGUCCCUGGAGACAAUGUGCAUGGCGUGCCAGGUGUAGCAAUGGAAGGAGUAUUGAGGCAGUGAAGGAGUCCCUGGAGAGAAUGCAUGGCGUGCCAGGUGUAUUGACAAUUAAUAUGAAGGAUAACGUUAAGUUUGUGUUUGCCUUUUUGUUUUUCCCAGCAGGAGUUGUCGCUACAAAGGCUGACUCAGGAGCAAAGCGAGCCGCCUGUAGCGCCAAGCUGAAGCUCAAGAUGUCAACACAGGACACGUGGUAUGACGGGGCCGCUGGGUGCAGGGUCCGGCUGCUGCCCGGACUGUUGUGGCGUGUACUACUGCUGCCACGACCACCUUCGGGAGGACCGGGAGCAGCACCGGCAGUGGUGUGAGCUGUACAAGCUGUGCUCCUGCUGCAACCAGCAGGCCAAGAACAGGGAGGCCAUCACACUGCCCACCGCCCUGGACCAGGAGUACCGCCCCCUGGCCCCCACCAUGGAGGAGCACGUGCUCUCCCUGGCCAGCAGGCUGCGGCCCGUGGCUGUCGCUGGGGCCUCAGAGAGCCUCACCUUCCCCCUCACAGCCCUCUACGUGCUGCAGCAGGUGUGGCCAGGCCUGGCCACGGCACCCGUCCUUACCCUGCAUGUGGUGGGGGCGGAGGAUGGCCGGGAGCCCCGUGUGGCCGCCCCCUGGGAGUACUUGAUGCACCGCCUGCCAGUCCUGGUCCGCCUGCAUGUGUUGCUGGUGGGGCCAGGGCUGGGCGGCCCACAGGGGUGCCACAGGGCCGCUCUGUGCCAGCAGUGCAGGGACAAGGACCGGCAGCUGGUGGUGGAGUGCCGUCGUGCCCUGUACCACAACCUGCCCCAGGCCACUGCGGCAGCCACCCCCCCCGCCACCCUGCGCUUGGCCUUCAACUGUGGCUUCCACGAGUGGGAGGGGGACACCUGGCCAGACUCCUUGCCCCUCAUGGCUGACGACGCUGCGCCCCUUGCCUUCACCUUCAACCACUCAGAGGCACAGAGGGACCUGGCUGCCCUCAGGAGGGCCAAGCCAGAGGUGCAGGUGUCCCUGGCGCGCCCCAACCCCUACCGCAGCACCCGCCCGCUGCGGGACUGGACACGGGAGGAUGGCGCCCACAUGUACUACACCAACCAGUACCUCACUGUGCUGCAGGCCGGCCAGGCAGGGCAGCGGGCGGCACAGGACACAGGGGAGGAAGGAGAGCAGGAGGAGGCAAGAGAGGAAGGGAAGCAGGGUGAGGCAAGAGAAGGAGGACAGAUGGGAGAGCAGCACACCCUGCCAGACACCACCUAGCACCACUCGUCCUGGUCCCUGCCUGCCACACACCCACAGUACAAACCUGUGUUCACUUCCCACACUCCACCAGUACAAACCCCAGCCUGGCAGGUGUGGCUCAACUCUCCACACCUGCACAACACAGAUGCCCUUCAAAAUACACACACUCUUCAUCAUCAUCAUCAUCAUCAUCAUCAAGUCACUCACCAUCACACACAAACCAGAAUCUCCUUGGGGCAGCACACCUCAGCAUUCCACAUCCAGCAUCUUUCUACCUCUGCCACACUGCCACAUCUCCACCAGUGUUCGUGUUCUCAGCUUCACCAUGUCUUCUGUGUUUCUUCGGUGUUGUGUCUCAUAAUUUGCUAACAGUUUUAACUCCUGUGACAGCCUCUAGCCCCCAACAGCUCAGAUUUCCAAGAGAUCAUAGCACAAGGCCAAUAUUCUGUAAUGCUCUGCUCUCAUUAUGACUGUUUUCCAAGGCCACAGAGAUUAGCCAGGUUCUCAAGAGUGUUUCACCUGUUAAUAAUGUAGAAAUGUGAAUCUGUCACUAGAACUGUAAAAACACCUUGAAAACAUGUGUCACUUCAACUAGACCCUUUGGGAAGUAGUGGAGGUGCAGUGCUGAAGUGUUGCAGACUAUGGCCCUAAAGACUGUGACAGGAGACAAGCACAGUAGUACAUAAGAACAUAAGAAAUAAGGGAAGCUGCAUGAAGCGACCGGGCUUACACGUGGCAGUCCCUGUAUGAAAUAUACCUACCUAUUUCCACCUAUCAUCCCCAUCCAUAAACCCGUCUGAGUAGUAGGGAAUGAUAGCAGUGUUCAGGACUUACGAACUUCACUGUACAAAACCAUUUCAUUCCAUAGCAGUUUGUUUACGUGUACCAGCGUGCCUUAGGGACACGUCAGCUGCCUCAACACAGGACAAGGAGAAGUACAAAGGAAGAAAUUGGUGUUUGAAAAUUAAUGAAUGAGCGAAUGAAUGUAGCAACGAAGGGAGGUACAAAGAGAAGAGAGGCGAUGAUUUUGUCGUCUCGAUGUACAAAGAAAGACGACUUGGUGUUUAUAAAUUGUGAAGAUGAGGGUGGGAGAGGAGAAUGCUUGACUGACUUUUAAGAAUAGACACUUUGAUAGUACAAAGAACAAUGAAAAAAAUAAAGAAAAAAAUGUUUCACUCUGCAUAACAUUUUUGAGAGAGAGAGAGAGAGAGAGAGAGAGAGAGGUAAGGAAAGACACAGUUAAUUUAAUGCUUUAGUUGUCAGUUUAAUUAGUGCACAAGGAAGGAAAAGCAGAGUUUGUAAGAUUAGAUAAGUUGAUUCAAGUAAUUAUUUGGCUUGUCUUCCAGUUUACACAAUUGAUCGUUCUUUUAAUUUACUAUUGUCAUUAGGAUUACUUUUUUGUUAUGUUUAGGGAGCAGCAAGAGUCUGGAGGAUGAGAUAAACAACAAGGGAUUCAAAGAUUUACCUUGUCUUGUAAUGUUACAGUUCAAGCCAGUCUGUAUUUUGUCAUUUUCAAUUUGCUUUAAUACUCUUCCUUCAACACCUGCCUUCUCCCUCCCCUGAGACACCCCACCCCUCUCUCUUCAUAGCUCCCUUUCCUCUACACUUACAAGAGCUGUGUGACCACUGGUGUCCGGCUCACUCACCUCUCAACGGAAACUGUGCUCAAUUACCGGAAAAACUGGAGUGUCAAUGAAAAGAUUAAUUGUCAACAGUAUGAAGAGAGGAAAAAGUGAAAAGAAAAAAAGAAGGUGAGAAUUAAUUGUCAAAAGUAUAAAGAGAGGGAAAAGAAGAAAUGAGAAAAAAAAUAUUAAAAGCACAAAAAGGGAAAUGUGUAAAUUGAGGAAAAAAAAGUUAAUGAAAAUAUUAACAGAAAAGAGAAGCCAAGAUAAAUGAAAAUAAAACAUGACAUGAUGAAAAUAUUGAC